AUGAAACCUAAAACAACAACGCAUGGUAUGAAAGCAUCUGCUCACAGAGUAAUAUACUGGCUGGUGAAUAGAAAACAGCCAGUUCUUUACAUAUCUGUUAAUUUGUUUGGAAUUUCUGCAAGUCAAUUGAAAAGUAACUAUCAAGUAUUUGUAAAUAUGCAAGAGGAAUUGGGUAGAACAGCGGUGGUAGCUGAUCUGAGAAAGUUAUUCGUCGAAGCAUUAUCUCAGACAAAUUCUGAACAGAUAAUCACUUCGAAUCUUGAGUUGCAGUUCAAAUUUCUUGAACCGAAUCCUUUAUUUUUUCUUGAUUUAUCAAAUUCACAUGACCAAUACUUACGAGUGAAUUCUCGAGUGAACAGAGAGGCUGUAUGCUCAAAUGAACAGUUAUGUUGUUCAACGGGUGUUAGUUUCAGUGAGUACAACAAGCAAAGUUUGUCAAUAAACAGUAAACCAUGCGUAAUUGUUCUACUGCUUUUAGUCGACUUCACAGAUAUUCAUGAUAGACAGAACAGCCUAAAUCAAUUAAUACUACAAGUUAAUGUACAGGUGUUGGAUAUAAACGAUAAUGCGCCUGAAUGGAGUGCUCAUGAAUCUCUAACCGUUUCAGCACACCAUGUAGAUAAACACUCUUUUAUUCAUCAGAAGUUAUUAGAAGUUAACAAACCCAUUCCUAAGUUGGACUUAACUAUUCCAGAGCACACCGAAAUAGGAACAAAGAUUGCUCUACCUCAGGCUGUGGAUCCAGAUUCUAGACCAGAAAAUACAACUUCAGUGUAUGGAAUUUAUGGACAAACAGUUAAUGGAGCUUUUUCUCUAGACUGGGAUGCACUGACUACUAGCAACAUUGACUCCUCAUCACAUAAUGCUGGUUCUGCUUUAUGGUUAAUUGUAAAUAUGGAUUUAGACUAUGAAAAUCGAACACUACAUGAAGUUUUAAUCUACGCAUCGGAUGCAGGUAAACCUACUCCCUUGACUGGUUAUCUGUUUUUAAAUAUAACAAUCACUGACAUUAAUGAUCAUCCACCACUUUUUUUCAAACGUUAUGACGAGAUAUGGAUUAAAGAACACUUACCGAUUCGUACACAAAUUUAUCGUCCAGUGGUUACAGAUAAAGAUGUAACAGACAGAUCACGUCUAAAGUUCGACUUUUCACCAUCUAUAUCAACCGAAACAAGACAAUUAUUCCAUAUCGAUAAAAUGACUGGAUCGAUAUCAGUUUAUGGCCAUGUCGACUUUGAACAUACCCAUGUGCAUCGUAUUCCUAUUUUUGUAACUGAUGAUAAGUGGACAGAUGAGUCAGAGCUCAUAGUAUACGUUAUCAAUUUAAAUGACCAUGUACCCAAGAUACAACUUCAUUCUCCACUGGAAUUCAGACAGGUUGACCGUAAUUUUUAUUUUGGCAACAGUUUCAGCGACAGUCUGCAUCCUUCAAGAUUUCACCUGACUAUACUAGUAAAAGAGAAUGGCCCACCUAAUCAGCUGGUUGCGACAGCAACAGUAACCGAUAAAGAUUUAACAGCUGAGCUACGUGCACGAAAAAUGAAGGAUGUGAAAUUCAUAAAAGACAGUUCAGCUGUUUUCUCACCACAAUCCUCAUUAGCAGUGAUGAACAGGUCACUGAAUUCUAGACACCCUCAAACCCUUGAGCCGGUAUGUAAAGUAAAUCAUAAAGCAUUCGGAAUCAGUCCAUUAAAUGUUGGUGAAAAUGUCUUAGAGAGUGGAAGAUUUAGGUAUAAAAUCAACUUAGCUGACACUUCUUUGGAUAGAGAACAUGAAGCUAGAUUUUAUGUACAUAUAGAAUGUCAUGAUAAUGAUGAAUAUGACAGCGGCUACAACUUCAAUGAAAAAGUUGAUCAAACUAUUCUACAUGUAUCAGAAUAUAGAAGACAUUCAUCGACAGCUAUACUGGAAGUUAUUGUUGCAGAUGAGAAUGAUUGUGCUCCAGUGUUUAAAGGACCUUUAUCAGGGACACUUGAAGAAGGAGCACCUAUUGAUACAGUUGUUCUGAAACUUCACGCGGAAGAUGCUGAUGAUCCAACAACAAACGCUGGCAAUCUUGGACUUCGUUACAAACUACUUAGUGAAGGUAAACCGCAGUUGGCCAACAGUAAAAAAGAUAGAAGUGAUGAGGAUCAACCCGAGCUACUUCAGGACUUAAACUUACCACCGCCGCCGUGGUUUAGAUUGAAUCCAAUCAGUGGUGAGUUGAAAUCUCUAGUGACUUUUGAUAGGGAAACAAUAAAAUCAGUAUCUUUACUUGUUGAAGUUUGCGAUGGAGGGGAUACCACCACCAAGGCCGUACUCACAAUGCACACUAAUAACUCUACAAUACAAGUUAACAAAAUUAAUGCAACCGUGACAAUCAAUAUUGCAGAUAUCAAUGACUGUAUACCAGCGUUUACGCAGCAGAUAUACGAGUUCAAUAUUAGUGAAGAUUCAAGGCCGCCAGUACGUAUAGGGAAGAUAGAAGCACAUGACUGUGACACAGAUGACUCAAACAAAAAUUUAAAUUAUUGGCUUCAGUCUGUUCACCAUUCAAUGCUUGGUGAUAAGCCAAACUUACCGAUUGACAAAGAGUAUUCCUUAAAAAAUUCUAGUUACUUCACAACACAUUCCAAUUUAAUCAAUUGGUUUUCAAUUCCAAAUCCGACUGGUGGAUCUAAUUUUAACGAUGGAUUCAUGCCAUUGGAUCGUGAAAAGUUGGAAUUGAUUAUAAUGGAUUUAUUUGUUAAAGAUAGUGGUAAACCAUCUUUAACUGGUUCAGCACAAAUUGUACUACGAAUACUAGAUGUAAAUGACAACGCACCGGAAUGGGAAUUUCCUCGUGUUCAACAAAGAAUGAUUAAUCUGAGUGUAGAUGCUGCUGUUGGGCACAGGAUAGCACAAUUAAUAGCCACUGAUCCAGACGAAGGUCUUCGAGGGAAAGUAACAUACAGUCUACUUAGUGGUAAUGAAGGUGGACAGUUUGAAUUGGACUCUGAAAGCGGAUGGCUCUAUUUGGCCCAACCAAUUCCAACAUAUUCGUCUACAACAUCAUCUCAUGAAAACGAUAACAAUAAGAAUAACAGGCGACAACAAAACAAUUUAAAAAAUUGGCAUUCUAUAACAGCCUCAAUGUUUCGUUUAUAUGUUCAGGCGAUGGAUCACGGUGUUCCGCCAAAAUCUUCAUCAUCUGUUUUGGAUAUUUUUAUCCAGAAACCAUUCAUAUCUUCACAAUUAGUAAAUAGACCACAAAAAUCUCGAGUGAAAUCCUAUGAUCAAAAAAAUCAGAAAGGAAAAGGUAAUAGUAUUAUUGACUACGAAACAGAGGAAGCACUUAAGUUAUCUUCACAUCCCACUAAUACCGACAAUUCCCAGUUAUGGAGUUCCCAGUCGAAUCAGUCCCAUAGGGGAGGUGUAUUACUCUCUUCUGAUUUGUUAAUAUUAAUUGCAAUGGUGAUAGCAACAUUAGCAGCACUCGUUUUAAUAUUCAUCCUGUUUGUCAUAGUUCGAUGUCGUAGUGUUAAAACACAACAUUCAUUACGACCAGAUGAAGCACAGUAUUCAUUGAACGAUCCACAUCAUGCUCAAUUACAGAAUCAGAAUUCUAGACAACAGCAACAAAGACGCAGUAGAAAAUGGCAUAUUAGUUUUGGUACAUCAUCCACCGAUUUGCCAAGAAGUAAACUGAAGAAAAAGCUUCCUGAUUCUCAUUUCAGUUUAACACAGUGUUUACGCUCACCACAACAUGAUUGUCCACUUCCUUGUCAUAAAAGUCAAACUCUCCGAUCUGGUUGUUUCAAUGGGACAAGAUACACUUCAGAACAAGGAAAUCAAGAUGAAAACUGCAGACUAACACCCCUAUUAUUUACGGGUACCUCAGUGAAAUCCGAUCAUCAGUCAGAUGAUGCCAAUGUAUACUCAGCACGUGUUCCAGUUCCGCUUUCACUCAUUCCUUCUGGACCAAGUAGUUUGGAUGAAAAUUACAAAUCCAAUGAUUAUAGCAUCUUACUCCACACUGGUCAUCUGAUAGAACCUAUUUUAACACAACCACAAUUCACUCAUCGUUAUUUGAACAAUGUCCAAACAUUUAAACAAAAUUACGGAGGAAGUGAUAAUGAAAAAUGGCUUCUUGGUAAUCCUAAUUGUACUUUGAUAUCAACAAAGCGACUUCUAUAUCCGGAUGAGAAUAAUGGUAAUAACAACAAUAAUGUUAACAGUAAUAUAACUUCGUCUACAUUUACUGUAACUACAUCACCACAAACAAAUAUUUGUUCACAUGAAGCUGGCAAUAAUACUACUGAUGAUACAAAUAUCAACAAUGGUAUUAACAGUAAUCAUUUCAACGAACAAACGAAGUCUAUUUAUCUAGGUAGUAAUGAACAAUUGAACAAUGCAUUGCAUCACACAUAUAUGUCAUUGAAGUGUAAACAACAUUCUAGUAGUACACCAGAGAAAAAGUUUAACAGAGAUGAUCAUAAUUCCAGUUUUGUUUAA